AUGACGGCAAAAAUGAGGCAGGUAUUUGAAGAGGUAUCGAAUAUGCCCGAGAAAAGUGCCAUGUUGUUGUUCACAAAUAGAAAAUGCGACGUGGAUACAAUUGAGCGUCUCUUGCUGGAGAAGUCAAUUCCCUGCGCGGCAAUGCAUGGCGGACGUGAUCAGAUACAACGUGAAGAAGCGCUGAGUGCGUUGUGGAAGGGGCAAAUCAAAGUGCUUGUUGCAACGGAUGUUGCAUCGAGGGGCAUCGAUCUUCCAAAUAUAACGCAUGUGUUUAAUUUUGAUUUCCCAACGACUUUGGAGAUGUAUGUGCAUCGAGUAGGACGAACUGGAAGAGCCGGGAAAAGCGGCAAAUCGAUCACUCUUCUAACAAAACAAGAGGAUUAUCGAGCACCGGCACUGAUCAGUAUGCUUGAGAAAAACUCACAAGAUGUUCCUGAAGUUAGUUUGCUUACUAACAUCGAUUAG